ACACACACACACACACACACACACAGACAGAUGAACAUAUAGAGAGAGCUGUUCUAUCAUCACACACACACACACACACAUUCUAGCACGAGUAUAUCAUGAGUGGAUAUCGGAUGAUGAUAACAGAAGCGUAUGCCUCGCCAGCUGGCAGGAUGAACAUUAAAAGGAUGUUUUGAUAUUCGCCCAUGUCAUCCUUUGUCUCGCGUCUUCCCGUCUUUUACCAGUGCCAGUGGUGCUGGAUCGUCUUUUCACGUCACACUCAGGUCUCUUCCUACGACACCGCCGAGAUCUUGAGAGGCUUUCUCAGGAGAGUUCUUCACCAUGGCCCUGAAACUAAUAUUCUUGCUCCUGAUGGUAUGUUCCUGCAUCAUGUGUUUUCUUACUGGUCCCAUAUCGCGAUCAGGGGAAUGUCUUCAGUCCGUGCCCGGCAUCGAGUGUCAGUGUAAAGCAGUGAACCAAACCAUUCAUGUGCACUGCUUCUGCCUCCCAGUGAAGACGGUGGAUCUCAGGAACCUCAGUCAAGAAUAUGAAGUCAUACAAGCCAGUGUCUUUACGCUUCAGAAUUGUAGAAGCACCUCGGUUCUUGUGUUUCCAGGAACUUUCAGUGACCUCAAUUCCUUAGAAUACAUUAGUUUUUACAAUGUUGGCCGCCUCACCCUGGAACAUAACUGCAUCAACCUUCGGUCGAUAAGUGAGAAUGUGAUUCUGAAUUUCUCGUUAAUAACAAACUUAAGCAUACGCAAAAAUGCCAUUAACAUCCAGCCCCGCAACAAAUGCAUGGAUUCAAAAGCAAGCAUCAACAUCAAACAUUCCACUCUUCUUAGUUUAAUGAAAUCUGCCAUUGUCACAAACCUGAAGGAACUGACCAUGGAGGAAAUGAUACUGAAGGCAAGGCCGUGGCCAGAGGCCAUUGUGGUACUGGGCUCUGCUGGCGCUUCAGUGUCACUGAAAUCUGUCUCCAUAAAAAAAGGACUUACUGGCAGAUGGAUCACAGGAAAUAUCUCCCGCCUCAGCAUCACUGAAAGUAAUCUAAGACUGCUGCCAGAGGCUUUUGCAGGAGUGACCAUUGUGGAAGAUCAGGAGUCAAAUACAGGCAUUACUCUCUUUGGGAAUAACUUCAUGAUACCAUCCCUGCCCUCACAAGCCCUACCCUCAGAUGCACCGGUCCUGCAAGCACAAAAAAAUCGCAUUGUCUGCCAAUGCCAGAACCUUGCUUGGCUGCUGGAGCCUCCCAACACGCCACUGAAGAACAGUGUCAAGGAUUCCCUGAUUUGCAGAAACAAGUCUCUUGAUUUACUUUUGCCAUCUUGUGAGACACAUUUUCCCUCCACUGUUUAGGACUCUUUGUUAAACAAAAGGAAACUAUACCCCAACAGAUGACACCUAUCCACCUUGCUAGAAAUUAUUCAAGUAAAGAUACUUUUUAAUUUCAGACAUUUAUUAAGUGGUCUAGAAUACAUAUCAAUAUUUUGGUUCAGGCAUUCAUUAACAUAAAACUGGCAGUGAUUUACACAAACUUAAUAUUAUUAGUUGACAAACACUCCAUGCGCACUGAACACAAAACUAUAAGUGAAUGUGUGUGUGUGUGUGUGUGUGUGUGUGUGUGUGUGUGUGUGUGUGUGUGUUGGCCUAGGCUAAUCUGCUUAAGGGAUGUGAGAAUAUCCACAAAAAUUAUUCCUCCAAAAGGCACUGACUAAGAACACUUUCAAGAAAAAUCACAAAAGCAGAAGAGAUUCCUGGUGUGUGGGAAGGGAGGUGUUCUGGGGUGCAGGUGUGGGUACGUUGGGAGGCGCAUCACUGCCUUGGGGACUGAAUGGGGGUUGUUAAGGGCUACUGGGAUACAAUGACAGUAAACCUUGGCCAUGUCUGUUGAUUUGUAGUAUAAAUGACAAAUUACUCAAUGGUAUUAGUGUAAGAAUGAGUUAAAAAGUAAUAUUUAUCAUUAUCUCUACCUGAUUAUACACUUUUAAAGCUGAUCUUCAUAGAAACAAGCCAGAUUAAUACAAAUGAAUGCAUGAGUGAUUAAUAAAGCAUCAAAUACUGAGUUUAUAAGAAUUAUGUUGAAAGGCAUUCAGCUUCCUACAAUAUGUGUGUGAUUUUAACUCUGAAUCUUCAGUAACAAAUAAAACAGUGUAAAACAGACACAGUAACUGAAUGUAAACAAAGCUGAUCUGGUAGUACUCAUACUGUAUCUGUAGACUCAGCUUUCAGUCUGUGUUCGUUAGCCUUGUGCUAAGUGAGGCUUUCUAGAACAUGGCUAAAGUCUACAGUAAAUCCACACGUCACAGCACCUCAGAGAACAGCAGUGGUGCCAGACACGUGAAUCCUACACUAGGAGACGAGAGAUUUAAGGCACGGCCACAAGCCACCGCAAGUGUGAGGGCGGACUGCUUCUGCCACUCGAGAAUCAAUGGGCCAAGUGUGGCGAUGGCAUGGAAGAGAUACUUUUGCUUUCUUACAAAGGUGAAGGUUUAUGGGUAAAGAUUAAAUUUACUGGAGCCCCAUUUGCUUUUGGGUACAGUUUAAGAUGCCACAUUCACAAUGGAAAUUGAUACCUAUCUGCAUCACUGCUAUAGCAUGAGAAAAAAGCACAACCUUUAUCUGAUUCUUGGUUAACUGCAUGAGCAUGGACCGCAAUGAAAUAUCUGUACAUAAUGUAAGAAUCACCCAGAGAUUUGUCUGUUUUAAGUUAUAUUUGUUAUCACCCCUGUUAUGAUGGUAUCUUCACUGAGUGUUCUAUUAUACUGUGAGGCAUGUUCAUGUGUUUAUCAGGACUUUUCAGAAUGAAAUUGUGAAAGUAUAAUGUUGCUGAUCCGUUCAUAAUAAAGUCUGAAAGCUUGUGACAUAAAACUGUUAGCAUUUGGCAUCACAUUUCUAGGAUGUGAAAGUUUAAUAAUUCUGAAGAGGUACUUUCCUCAGCAUUCUAAAGAUAUACAACUAUAUCAUGAAUAAUACAAAAUUUUACUAAAAGCAUCAAUUGCAUUUAAAGUUAUCAUUCAAGAUUAUUAGGCAUAAAAAUAACAUGCAAAAUAUUUAGUAAUAAAAAGUGCUAAUAAAUA